CUCUCAAAACGCGGUCUACCACGGCCAAAACCUCCUAUAUUUAAACACCAAAGGAAUCCAACCUUCCCUCUCUCUCUCUCCCCAAAACUUGGACGAGGAAGGGGAGGAGAAAGGAAGGCACCUUCUCCUUCUUCCCAAAGUAGCCUUGCAUUUCUUCCAAACUCUUCUCUCUCUUCUUCCUCUCUACUAAUACAUGCAAAGACGUGUAUAGGACGGAUGGAGGAGGGGCUGACAGAGCCGGACAAGGAAGCAGCGCAACAGCUGGUUCAUCUGAGUGGAGGAGAUGAGGAAGGAGAGAGCAAAGGAUUAGAAGACAGUGAUCACCAGAAGAAGAAGAAGAAGAAGAAGAAGACGGAAGAGAAUGAAGAGGAGGGGAAGGAGAUGAGAGCUGAGAUCUCAGAAAGAGGAAAGGAGGAAGAGGAGGAGGACGAGCACCGGCCGAAGAAAAGGAAGCGGUUUCGGUCCUUGGCAUCUAUUUACGAGGCGACCAAACCGAUAAGCAAUGACCAUCAUGGCAGUAGGAAGAAGCGCAGGCAAAGAGGAAAGGAAAAAGGAUUAGGAGAUUAGAGAGGAGGUGCAGGUGAGGGUAUAUAUGAUCGUUUUUAGUUAUGAUGUAGUUAAUGUUUAGAUGGUGAGAAUGAUGAAAACUUACGAAGGACAAGAAAAUUUUGGAGUUUUUCGUGGGUCGAUCUAGUUUCUGGCAUUUUUCCUUUUAAUGAUAGCAAGGAUAAAAAUAUUCAUUAUA